AUGGCACCGUUGUCGUAUACACCCACAACACAUUUUGAUGCUCGUCUACACAAACGUGAUACAGUGGCACGAGUUUACUUGUCAAAAUGUAACCUUUCUAAUUUACUAGAUCUUAUUCCCAUUGAGUCUACUGGUAAUGGAAAUUGUUUGUAUAAUUCUAUUCUAACAUUAAUGCCGUCCCCAUCUGAGAUUACAGCCAAAGAAUUGCGAGUUCGUGCCACCGUUGAAUUAGCAAUGAAUUACAAUUAUUACAACAUUAAAUAUGAAAGAAUUGUUGGUCCGUUAAAACGUAUCAACGCAAUGUGCAAGAAUUUUGAAUUUUCCGAACUGUUCGAAAUCGAUGCCGUUUCUAACAUUCUUCAAUGUCAAAUACAGAGUGUUUAUCGUAGAAUUCAAUAUCAUCCAUAUUUCGAUACACCUGAAAAAAAUACAAACAAAAAUAAUCAACAAAAGUCGGUUCGCAUUCCACAAUUUACACUUCCACCAAGCAAUCGCACAUUUCAGCAACAGACAACAUCAUAUAUACAAACACUAGCAUGGAACCAAAGUCGGCAAGACAAACAUCGUGAACGAAAGCGUUUGUCACGAGAAAACGAAGACAAUAAUCAAUAUGCGAAACGUACAGAACAAAUUCGAAAACAUAUGGGUAUCUUGCGUCAAAGCGAAGACGAUGAUCAAUAUGAGAAACGUACACAGGAAGAUCGCGAACGAAAACGUGUGUCGCGAGCACAAGAAACAGAACUAGUACACCGAAUACGGAUAUUGAAUAUGGAACAACGUGCAUGUUGGCCGGCCGCAGUUCCUCGUGCGCUAAAGCUACACUGCUUACACAAUUUUGUGGAAAAUAUGUCUAUGCCCAGGAAACCAACAAUUCCGAAGUUUUCCGCUGCAAAUAAAAUGUGGAUUGGGACAAUACCAGAAGAACUUGAAGAUCUAACCAUUUCCGAACAAAAACUAAUUGCAUUAUACAGACGCAACAGUUGCGUCAUUAAACUUCAAACACCAUUCCAUGAUACAUCAACAGCACAGGGCGCAUUUAAAGGAAAUGUCAUUUCAUUCCCGCAAAGUGUUUCCAAUAUUGCAACAACACUCCCAUUUAGCAGAUUUAUGCGACACAAUCAAAAUAAUUUUUGUUGGUUCAAAACGACCAAAGCCAGAACAUCUGUAAAAAGUUGUUACUGUACGACGAGAAAACAUUUUUGAUUCAUUGACGUGGUUGAAGAGCAAUAAUGAAUUGUACAAAUAUAUCACUAUUGAUCUGAAGAACAUCAAUGAGUUACCGGAAGAUAAUGUGCCACAGCCGUUGUUAGACACAAUGCAUUAUACAAUAAACCAAGAGGCAGCAAACAGCGAAAGAGAAGGCUAUGUGGUUGAU